GGGGCCUUCAAGAAGAGAACGAAGUUGGGGCGGAAAACAGGGGCUCUCCCAGCGCAGGAAGCCAGGCGAGCGACGACUGCCAGGCAGUAGGACCAGAACUCACCCACGGCGACAGAGCCCAUAACUGCAUCCCCUCAUGGGCCUUUGGGCUGGGCAGCCAGCUCCGUCUUCCUCCUGGUGACGAAUUGAGAGCGACGGAGUCGAAGCCAGAGUGACCCCUGGAAAGCAACAAUUUCCGGAAUGCGGCAUUAUGGGAAGUGGCUAGGCCACCACCACCACCACCACCACCACCCCACCCCCACCUCCCGGGACCAUCGGGUCUGACGCUAGUAAAUCUGCGCCUGCGUGCGGCUUGCGACGGAUGUUCGGGCUUAGGUGUUUGGUUGUCAAUGGGUUUUCUGGACUCUGACAUAACCAUGAAGUUAUAUAAAUGCUUCUGAAGUGUGGGCAUCCGGUGGUGGUCUGAGCCUUGGAGUUUCCUAGAUGGUUGUUACCUUUCUGGAAGACAUGACAUUUGGAGGCCAAGGGGGGAACGCUUAAAUUUGUUUCCCUAAUUCUAUCCUGUCGACUUCUAAAACUGAUCACCAUGUCUCUACAAAAGCUUGCUGCCCAGGCUGGUCUCAAACUCCUGACCUCAAGUGAUACUCCAGCCUCAGCCUCCCAAAGCACUAGGAUUCCAGGUCGCCAGCUGAGGCGGUUUGUAAGUUUUGGGUCGCAGUAUGCCAGAAUUUUGAGGCUCCCUUCCGAUGAAAAUUGAGCUGUCGGUGCAGCCAUGGAACCCGGGUUACAGCAGUGAGGGGGCCACGGCUCAAGAAACUUACACAUGUCCAAAAAUGAUUGAGAUAGAGCAGGCAGAGGCCCAGCUUGCUGAGUUAGACCUGCUAGCCAGUAUGUUCCCUGGUGAGAAUGAGCUCAUAGUGAAUGACCAGCUGGCUGUAGCAGAACUGAAAGAUUGUAUUGAAAAGAAGACAAUGGAGGGGCGAUCUUCAAAAGUCUACUUUACUAUCAACAUGAACCUGGAUGUAUCUGAGGAAGCACUGGCAAUGUUUUCUCUGGCCUGUAUUCUUCCCUUUAAAUACCCGGCAGUUCUGCCUGAAAUUACUGUCAGAUCAGUAUUACUGAGUAGAUCCCAGCAGACUCAGCUGAACACAGAUCUGACUGCAUUCCUGCAAAAACAUUGUCAUGGAGAUGUUUGUGUACUGAAUGCCACAGAGUGGGUUAGAGAGCAUGCCUCUGGCUAUGUCAGCAGAGAUACUCCAUCUUCACCCACCACAGGAAGCACAGUCCAGUCAGCUGACCUCAUCUUCACGAGACUCUGGAUCUACAGCCAUCAUAUCUAUAACAAAUGCAAAAGAAAAAAUAUUCUAGAGUGGGCAAAGGAGCUUUCCCUGUCUGGGUUUAGCAUGCCUGGAAAACCUGGUGUUGUUUGUGUGGAAGGCCCACAAAGUGCCUGUGAAGAAUUCUGGUCAAGGCUCAGAAAAUUAAACUGGAAGAGAAUUUUAAUUCGCCAUCGAGAAGACAUUCCUUUUGAUGGUACAAAUGAUGAAAUGGAAAGACAAAGGAAAUUUUCCAUUUUUGAAGAAAAAGUGUUCAGUGUUAAUGGAGCCAGGGGAAACCACAUGGACUUUGGUCAGCUCUAUCAGUUCUUAAACACCAAAGGAUGCGGGGAUGUCUUCCAGAUGUUCUUUGGUGUAGAAGGACAAUGACAGCAAGAGUAGUUGAAACUAUCUUGCCACUGUUAGCCUUUUGAUUUUUUUUCCCCACUUUUUCUUGAAAGAUUAAGUAAUUUUAUUUUAGUUCCAUUCUAGAAUGUUGGGGAGUGGGGGACAAGAAAAAAUAGUAUAGCUGAAAUGCAUCUGUUAAAAAUGUCAUGACUGAAAGCAGAACUGAGUUUCAAAUUACAACCUUAAAAUUGUUAUUAGAUAUUUCUUCACAUAUCAGCUGCCCAUUUUGAAAAAGAAAUUAUCCGCAAAGGUAAUGUUGGUGCUCCAAUUUGCCAGCCAUUCCCAACCCCCUUCUCCCUUACCUGCCUUCACUAAAGAACCCAGAAAAGCUAAUUGCUCCCCUUUCAGCCUGUGUUGCAACUAACAACUCUCAGUGGCCUCAGGACACAGCUUUGGCCUUGGGAAUUCUGGAAAAACUUUUACUUCCUGAUUAAAGAUAAAUAUGCAGCUAGGCCACCUGCUCCCCCUCUUACUGCCAUAAACACCAAAGUGAUGACUGGAGCUGAAGGAGUUAUUUGAACCAUGACAGAAGGAAGGGCCAAGAGAACCACAAAGAUGCCAGUUGCCACACUGUUGAGCUGCUGACCCAACACCAGCCAUUGCCUAUCUCUAAAUGUCUUAUGAAAUAAAACCAAUUUUGUUUAA